GUUUCCAUCCGGGCUGGUUUAAAAUGGGAUCGGAAGUUCGUAGCACGUGUGUGUGUGUGUUCGCGCGCACACGUGUCCAGUUUAAACGCAUUGCGAAUUAAAAUCCAAUUUUUUUUUACACGUUAACAUAAAACGUUUAAUCUUCUUCGCAAAAUAGACCCGGCUUAAGUUUGCACACUUGCCCAACUUCGCGCCUCGUAGAGCGAACAAUGGCGAAGCCCAUGAUUGUGAAUAACGAGAUUGUGGGGAUGAGGAAGGACGUGAGGAAAGUGAAGAUUCUCGUUGUGCGGAAACUCACUCGCUCCCUCGCUGGGCUGAGGAAGAAAAAGGGCUCGGAGGAAGAUUUGCAAAAGAAUGCCCGGAGAGUGAACCGGCUUUUGGAGGAAAUCGAUGCUGUUAAGGAUUUAGAUCCGGACACGGUUUCAAAGACCGCUCUUUACGAGAACAUCACGUUUGAGUCGGUGUGCAAGAAGGACAAUUCGACGGCGAGGGAGCGUGCGUUGGCGAGACUCUCCUCCUUCCCGCUCAUCAGGGCCAAGAUCGACAACAUUAAGGCCGCCCUCGACUCGUUCAAAGCGGCACGCGCAACGGAGCCAGACGACAGCAAGGCUUCCCCGAGGCCUGGCGAGGGGGAGAGCGCCGGGGAGAGCGAGGGGGAGAGCGAGGGGGAGAGCGAGGGGGGAGACGUGGGGGAGAGCGUGGGGGAGAUUGCCGGGGAGAGCGUGGGGGAGAGUUCGGACGAAGGAGGAGAGAGAGAAGAGAGCGUGAACACGCAGACGGCGAACGGAGCGCGACUGCGCCGGGUCGGCAAGAGCGAGGAGAGCGGAGCGAUUGUCGGGAGAGCAGAGAGAGGCGCGUCGAGCGUGGCUGGCGCGAGCCAAGGGAGAACGCCAAUCCGGCGAGCGAGCGUCAGGGCGACCGGAGGCUCUUCUGCGGCGGUGGCGACGGCGGCGCCGUCUGGCGGCCGCGUGGGGCCGAGCGGAGACGGGCGCCCGGCCCCCGCGGCCGCCGGUGACGUCGCGAGCGACGAACCGACGACUCCGCCGCCGCCGGAGCCCGAGUUUGACGACAGCACCGAGGAGCGGUUCUGCCGCAGGCAGACGGGCCUCGGGGGUCAGGGCGCGGGCCGGCGUGGCGGCGGCGACGACGACGACGGCGACGAUAGCGAAGACGACGAGAGCGAAGACGACGAUUUCUUCAUCGGGAAAGUGCGACGGGGGGGGCCCGGGAGGAGGAGGGGGAAGAGGCGGCGGAAGGAAAGCGGCGCACUGCGAGGUGGUGACCGGAGUGACAGCGAUGAUGGCGGCGGCGAUGGCGGCGGCGAUGAUGGCGGCGGCGAUGGAGGCGUCGGGCGAGGGCGGGCGCAGCGCCGAAGGCCGGGAGGCCGAGCGGGGAUGAAGACGCAGUUCUGCAGCCUCGGGGAGUCGCGGGGAGCGAAGGGCGGACGCGGCAAACACUUUCCAUCGGGCAAAGACCGCAAACCCUACCCAGGAGCCUCCGCUUCUGCCGGCGGACGUAGGGGAGCUGGCAGGCUCCCCGCUCGGGGGGGCCCGCGGGGUGCGGGUGGCGCCGGCGGCGGUAGUAGGGGCGCUCCGGACGGGCAACGGGCAACGCUGCCGACGGGCAGCCUCCACCCGUCGUGGGAAGCGAGCCGCAAGCGCAAGGAGCAGCUGGGCAAAAUCCCCGAGUUUGCCGGCAAGAAGAUCAAGUUUGACGACUGAAGGACCGACGCGGGGGAGAGAUGCGGCGGCCGUGGCGACGGUUGGAGCUGGAGCGAUCGGUUGCGAGCAAUCGGUUGCGAGCAAUCGGUUGCGAAGCGAGUCUGUUGUGUGCAACUGAAUCGCUUUGCGUGCGGAGGGGCAGCUCUUGCGGCGCCGGUGACGUUUUGGCGGAGGAUCGUCGUCGUCGUCGUCAUCGCCGAGCGACGCCGUUUGUGAAAGCGCGAUUGGUCGUUACGAUCCUGACGUUGAUUGGGGGGUUGGUGGGCGGGGGAGAGGGAAGGGGUGGAGCUAUCCCAGGAAGAGGGCCGUGGCCAUCCCAGGAAGAGGGGCGUGGUCGGCUGGGGACUUGGGCCACGCCCCCUCGCUGCCCAAGUGCUCGCUUGGGAUGUGGACAAAGCAAUUGAAGGGGCGGCAGUGAUUGAGCCGCGUGGUUUUGAGAGAGCGAUGUGCUCCCAGACCGUUUUGGACGUUGUGCCGGUGUGAUGGUUACCACGCAGGACUUGCGAUCUCGAGGUCGCCGGUUAAAUUCCAUCUAGAUUCCAUCUCCCACCGGCGUGGCAGUUGAAGCAACGGGACAAAUUAAAGCAAAACUUUUUUUAUUUUGCCAGGUGUAAGGCCCACUGAGCCACACAGCUCUUGUUUACAAGAAGCGACCUGGCUGUCACAAAUGAUAGCGCAACGAAGUGGCUCAUCAUCAUCACGUGGAAAUUUCUAGCAGUCAAAUUACUGUCUAAAUGCGUGACGUUGAUUUCAAAUGUGGAUGGGGGAAACCCGAAGUGCCCGGAGAAGAAUUCACGGGGAGAGAGAGAGACGCAGAUUCCAAAUAUACAGCAGCAGGCGUCAGGGUGGGCAUCGAACCCACGACCUCCUGUAGACCCGGCGAGGGAGACGACAUCUCCUAGCCACCGCCGGUGCCCCAAGUUCAUUAAAUUCCUCCCUCCCACCGCUUGUCCACUCCGCAAUUAUUUGAAUGGGUUCACCGCAGUCGGUCGAUCGUCAGGUCCCGUGUGGUGCGGCAAGGUGUGGGUUACCCCUCCCCCGUGCAGCCUCCUCUUAAGACGUCUGCUCGGCGUGGUAGCGAAGGAACGGAUACCCUGCCUCGGGAGGAGGGGGCACUGUGUCGAGCUCCCUUCCCAGUGGGGAGCCCCCUUCUGCCGGCAGUGUAGGGACCGGGCAAUUGCAGGGGCUGCGCCUUUACCUCGCAAAAGAAAAUAAAAGCGGGGGGCUCCCUCCACGGACGAGCGUCGUCUCCACUGGUGGGCCUCAGCCGUCGCGGGGAAUUCCACAUUACCCUGGCGAGGGCCGGUGGGUCCAUGGGAUGACUCGUUGCUUUGCGACAAUGAUUUGAGAAUUACGAAGAGAUGGCGAUGGUGGUUUCAUUAUUGCUCAGUGUGGUAAUGAUAAUGUCAUUGAUGAUGAUUGUGAUGGUGAUACUGUGGCGUGAUGAUAAUCAAUGAUUUGUGAUGUGAAGAUGAUCAUUGUGGUGUUGAUGUGAAGAUUUUGAUUAUGAUUGAUAACUAUGAUGCGAUUAUGAUGAUGUGAAGAUGGCUGAUGAUAGCGAUGUGGUGAUGUGAAGAAGAUGACGAUGAAGAUGAUGUUAGCAGUGGCUAAUAUCGUCACCACAGUGGCUGAUAUCGCCAUUGCAUUGGCUGAUAUCACAGUGGAAGAUAUCGUCAUCGCAGUGGCUGAUAUCGUCACCACAGUGGCUGAUAUAAUCGUCAUCAGUGGCUGAUAUCAGCUCCAUCGGCUGUCCCUCGCCACCCCCCACCACCGUGUGCGGUGAUGCCGCCAAAUUUUUGUUUUACGUUUUAAACGAAAGAGGGAGACAAUUUUGUCCGGCUUUUUAUAACCACCCUUUGUGUCCCCCCCCCACCCCCGUGGUGUCCGAGACCGCCUGCAGGUCGCAGGGCGUGCGGGCGAGUGGGUGGGUGUCCCCGUUCACCACCGAAUCUCGGAACGCGUGAACUGCUCGGCAUUGAGUUUUAUUUAGAGGCGUAGCAGCAACGCCGUUGCUUUUUAGAGACGUCGUACAUCAGAACCAACCGUAGCGACACGACCGCCGCCACUCUACGAUAGCCGGCGGCCAAGCUGCGCCCUACACAGACCUUCCCCGCAUGGGCUUGUGAGAGCCUCGGUACCGGCAGAGUUAUUUUAUAAUACAGGUAUAAAAUAAACCGUGUAUUAUGGAUGAUGUUGGUCGCGAAAGCCUACGUGUUAAGCAGAGUGAUCUUAUUUUAGUUUUUGUUCCGAUCCAGUUCUGAUGACGUUACGUGUAUGUUACGUGUACGUCAUGGGAACGGAACCGGAAGAAAAACCGAUGUCGUUACGUGUACGCGAGGUCUACAUUACAUGUAUGUCAUCGGAAUGGGAAAGGGUUAAUUAACGCUUGACGGCU